CCUAACAAUAGAUUUCAGAUUCCCUUUUUUCGCCUGCCACUGCGUUCACUUCAGCUGGGCAAGUCAUUCAGAAUGGCCGCACACUUCAGUUUGUGCUUCCAGACUGCUGUUGUGUUUUUGUGCUGCACGGCCUGUAGUACAUCAGAUAUUUCCUGUAGAAAUGAAGCUGGUGAGCCUGUUGAUUGGUUUAUCAUCUACAAGAUGCCCAGGUAUAAGAUUGGCGAGGUCGGCAGUGGAGUGGACUACAUGUACCUGGAUCCCUCAGUAAAGAGCUGGCAGAUGAGUAAAUUUGUGGUUAACAUCAGUCAAGGUGCCAUGGCGAACACACUGAACCAGCUAUAUAAGGGCAAGGCCUACAAGUCUAACAGCUCAAUCUAUGCACUCUACAAUGAUGCUCCACCUGUCCUGGAUUACAUCCGUGGAUAUGGGCACACUAAAGGGGUACUGCUCUUUGACCGCUCUCAAGGUUUCUGGCUGUCGCACAGCAUUCCCCAUUUCCCGUCAUUCCCUGAGCGAGGCUACCUUUACCCCUCUUCUGGCAAAGUCAAUGGCCAGACUGCUCUGUGUGUGACGUACCAGUAUGAACAGUUUCUCCGUAUAGCAAAGCAGAUGGUCUACAUUUACCCACGUUUCUAUAACUGCUCUGUACCUGCUGUGUUCUUGGCUGACCUGCCACAGUUGGCCCAGUUAUGUGAGGGCUCCAAACCACCGCUGGCCUCAGAUAAGAGAGUGGAGCAGCUUUUCUCAGUCCAAGGGGACAAGUUCAUCAGUUUUGUCAAAUCUGAACGCUUUGUGGAUGAUAUCUACACGGGUUGGGUGGCUCAGGUCCUGGAUGCUGACCUGCUGGUGGAGACCUGGCAGACACAGGGUCACGAGCUUCCCUCCAACUGCUCCCUGCCCAAACACACCAUGAACAUCAAGAGGAUUCGGCUUCCCGGAUCAGUCCUGUUCCAGUCCCACUACGACCACUCCAAGUGGUGUGUGUCGCGGGCUUAUGAGGACCAGGUGACCUGCUUGGGGGAUCUGAACAGGGAGAGGGCUCAACUGUGGCGUGGUGGGGGGCUGAUAUGCUCCUUCAACCCCUUAAUUUACAAGGCUUUCAGACAGGUGGUGGACUGGUACAUUGGCUGUUGAAUGACAGAAAGACAGGAUGACUGGGACUGUAUCAGUGUUAGACUAGGUGUUUUAAAUCUUGUUUUAAACUUUUAAAUUUGUGCAACUAAAUGUGGAGGUCCUGUUAGAACCUUCAGGUUGAGCACGUAUCAAAUUAGGCAUCAGUUUUGUUUCUGUGAUCCAACUGAUAUUAAAAUGCUGACAUAGACUUUUUAAAUACAUUGUAACUCCUGACCUCUCUAUGAUUUUGAGUAUGUUCGCAAACAUUAAAGCUUUAGACUCUACUAAAAGAAUCAAACGUAAAUACUAAAGAUGCAAAAAACAGGUGUUUCAGUAAUCACUGACUCACUGACUGUGUCUAAAUUGAAUAUGUCUAAUUUAGAGUAUAUUCAAACUUUAAAACAUCAAGGGCAAUUGUGGCCUUGAUUAGGGAUUAAGAUAAAUCUGAGUGGGGAAAGUGGGAGAGGAGCACUUGCCCUUCUCCUCUUAUCACCUCAGAUUUCUUAACCUUAAGCAAAGCCCUGAGUUCUCUCUGUGAAACUUAUGUGAAUGAAUGAAGGACAUAUUCUCUAUCAAGAUCUAACCUGCAUUUAUCAAAUGUUGUGUUAUAUGUGGGUGGAGACGAAGCCUGCCUUUGUUAUCAUCAUCAUGUUUGAACAGUUUCUACUUUUGGAGGAAGAUACAGUGCUUAUAACUGAAGUAACUGGUGUUUUGGGUAAACUGCGCCACCUUGUGGUGAGACUGAUAAACUUAUACUGUAAGUGUGGAUUACACUGGAUUAUUUCAUAGGGUACAUACUGUACCUGUACUGCUCUUUACACUGAGGCGAUUGUUGCAGCCUAAAUUCUUAUUUUCCUUUGACAAAGCAAAAAUUCUGCCACUGGAUUAAACAGAUCAUUUCAGAAUCUAUUAUUUUAGUACCAAUAAAGAUAUCAGCCAUAUUCAGUCUUGUUUAAAGACACUAAUUUCUAGAAAUUUACUGAAACAAGGGAACUGCACUAGGAAACUAGUAAAGAAAUUAGAAAUUACAUUAUAAUCCAAAUCACCCCUCAGUUUUUGAUAUUUAUAUUUUAUAUCCUGAUGUAAGAUGGAACUUCCUGUCUCAGCACAACUUUUACAAUUUACUGUUCAACUUCAACUUCAGUCUAAUGCAGACUCUCUUGUUUCACACACUUUGAAGAUUAUGUGCAUCAUUUCCCUAAUGAGACAAAAGACAUCAAAGACAGACAGCCUCAUGUAAAACCAAAGUAGGGAUAUCGAAGGAGAGACUGACCACAACUGUUCUAAUCGUCAUAUUUUUGUCUGGGUUACAAUCUUUUAACACAGUGUGUGACAAGACUUGUUUAACCAGCAGAGACACAAAGACGACAAACAUGACCUGCAGGUCAACAAACUGAACUUUUCAUUCCAACACUUGUAGUUUAGAUUUGUCCUGUUGAUUGUCAUUAGUUCCUGGAUGCUAAUAGUAAUUUCAUCCUCACUUUCAUAAUGACUGUUCUUUCUUUGAUACACACAAAGAA